CCAGGAAAUACCAAAGUGGAUUCAUAAAGGUCAAGGAAAAGAGUAUCCACAAUGCAUGUGUUUCAUUUUGACCAAGUGCGUUAAAAUUGUAAAAUAUUGUAUAUUUUCUCUGAUAAAAGAUAAAGAAAAGAAAAGUGCGCUAGGGAGACGAUAAUCCUCCAAGAAUAAAUCCGUUCACAGAGCAAUUAAGGCUCAGAGGGAGAAGCCACGGUCAGCGUCCUAGAUUUUGAGAAAGGAUUAUCACGGUCAAUAUACCAGUUGGGUCUACCGCAUUAUUAGGGGAUUCAGAAUUCACUGAGUAAUGACCUUUGGGAUUGAGAUUCCAUUAAGAAAACGACAUCCGAAGGAAGAGAAAAUGGCCUCAGGGUCUGACUGUUGGUAUAAAACCUCGAUGGCCGAUGAAAUUCUUAUGCAGUCUGACCUGUGCUCGCUUGGUAUCACCUUAUACGGUCUCCCGUCUCCUUCUACAGGAUUACUCUCCGAGUUCGAAUUGGAAAUAUGGAGUGCGUACAACAAGCAGCAGCAGUUGGAGGAGUGAAAGCUCCCGCGCAAACCGUCGGCGGCGUCUCCGACUGGAGGGAGGACGUUAGGCGAAGGGCGAAGAGGCCGAGGCAGACUUUGGCCGAAGAGGAAGCAAAGAGUCUUCGGCAGAAAAGAGGGAGACUCGAUUAUCUAGGGACUGACAAGGGACGAGGAGCCUUCAGCCUUGUCGACUUCCUGACUGCUCUGCCUCCGCCUCCGUCGCCAACCUUCUCCCCGCCGAAGGAGGAGGAACAGGAGGAAGAAACGGCACCUCCAGAAAAACCGUCUCUUCGAAGGCCGACCAGACGCCGGCUGGUGUUCUGAUUUAAUUGUGAUUUUCAUAAAUCAUUAUCGUAAUUACUUCAUUUACUAUUUAUUUGAUAUUAUAUGUAAAAAUGUCUCGCUAGAUAUA